GGGUUCGAGUAACGCCACAGGAGCCACAGCUCUAUUCAGAAACCGGAAUAUUUUUGCAGAAAGAAAUACUGACAACUAAAUUCCUGCGGUUUGCGUUCUGGAGCAAGCUGAUUGGCUAACGACCUCGCUGCUUCUAUAUGCUGGAUCUGUGUGAGAAGUGAUCGAGUCGGAUUGGCUGCGGAUGGUUAAGAGGGCAGGGAGCAUGGGGUUCGUCUCUUCGGUUUUAUUUCUGUUUGAUCGGGAAAGGAAAGCUAAUAUCCAGCUUUGCUGAUUGAACGCAGCUGACUCGGUGGUAAAUCUCCACCUCUCUGACGCAAAGGAGUAUGUAAGAAAACCUCAGUUUGGAAACCUCAGUUUGGAAGCGUGCAGUUUGUUUCAGCUAAAGAUGGUGCAGAGGAAAAAAUCUGCUCUGCGGGUGGUGGUGUUGUCUUGUAAACGCUUCUGCAUUCUUUCACUCCUAGCAAAAUGGCUUUUAAAAACAGAUGACUUGUGAAUCUGUGCACAUAGCUGACAUUACAAGGAUACUGUACAAAAGGCCACAUGCAUUCUAAUGGACGUCUCUUGUGAAAGGGAGAUUCUAUGCUUUCAAACAAAAAGAACACCACCCUAAAAACACUGAUCCUUAACUGGAACAAGAAUUAAAGGGACAGCAUCAGAAUGUUUGUUAGUUCCAGGAAAGUCAGAAAAUGCCAAUUUGUGCAGAUUCUUGCCACUUGCUUUGUACUGUCUCUCAUGAUUUUCUGGACACCACUCGAUAAUCAUAUUGUGAGCCAUAUGAAGUCCUAUUCUUACAGAUACCUCAUAAAUAGCUACAACUUUGUGAACGAUAGCCUGUCCCUUAGCAGGGAAAACCUGGACAGGGUAGCAAGAUACCGAUAUUUGAUCAACCACAAGGAGAAAUGUCAACAGCAAGAGGUCCUCCUUCUAUUGUUUGUAAAGACUUCUCCAGAAAACCGGCAUCGGCGAGAUGCAAUUCGACAAACCUGGGGUAAUGAAAAAUAUGUAUAUUCUCAUCUUAAUGCCAACAUUAAAACUGUUUUUGCUUUAGGACGACCAACAGAUCAUAUGCAGAGAGCACAGAUGCAAAGAAAACUUCUAUUAGAAGACCAGAAGUAUAAUGAUUUGAUUCAACAAGACUUCUUGGAUACUUUUCACAAUCUUACCCUUAAGUUACUUUUGCAGUUUGGAUGGGUGAAUGCAUACUGCCCACAUGCCAAGUUCAUUAUGUCUGCAGAUGAUGAUAUUUUUAUUCACAUGCCAAAUCUUGUUGCGUAUCUCCAAAGUCUAGUGGAAAUUGGUGCUCAAGAUAUCUGGAUUGGGCGUGUCCAUCGUGGAGCUCCUCCCAUAAGAGAUAAGACUAGCAAAUACUAUGUUCCAUAUGAAAUGUACCAGUGGCUUUCUUAUCCUGACUACACAGCUGGAGCCGCAUAUGUAAUAUCAAGUGAUGUAGCAGCUAAAGUAUACGAGGCUUCACAGACCCUUAAUACAAGUCUUUAUAUAGAUGAUGUUUUCAUGGGUCUCUGUGCCAAUAAAAUGGGAAUUGUACCACAAUAUCAUGUAUUCUUUUCUGGGGAAGGAAAGGCUCCAUAUCAUCCCUGCAUCUAUAACAAAAUGAUAACUUCUCAUGGACAUGUAGACGACCUUCAUCACCUUUGGAAGCAGGCAACAGAUCCAAAAGUCAAAAGCUUUUCCUCUAGAUUUUUGGGUAGACUAUAUUGCAAAAUAAUUAACAUUAUGCUUCUUUGCAAACUACGGUAUGAGGACACAUAUCCCUGUUCAGCUGCAUUUUCCUAAUACUUGAAUAUCUGCAUAGAGAUUCACUGAGCCAAAAUGGAGUGACAACUUUUAACUGUUUAUCCAAAAUAUACAUAAAGUAUAACAUGAAAAGAGGUAAGAUUAAAAUGUGAAUAGCUUUUAGGUCCCAAAUUAUUCUGCUCAGGAACUGUAUCAGAAUAACUCUUUCUUGCUGUAUUAGUUUCCCACAUACUGCACCCUGUAUUUUUACACUCCUUAUUCAAGAGAUUUAAAUCUUGAAUAGAUAUUAACUGACUCUGUUUUUUAGAUAUUGAAAAGCCUGUGAAAAGUAAUUGAACUUGGGAGUACAGAAUUUGUCAAUCCUUGUUAACUGCAUUUUUCCAUUUGAAAACCAGUGUGUAAAUUAGGGCACAUCAUUUCAAGGCAACAGCUUGCCUUUGAUGCGCCACUUAAACAUCUAUAAAUAGUACUUUUCAAACAAAAGGAAAUGAUAGUUUUGACCAUGAGUAGAAGGGUAUGAUGGCAAUUAUAAAAGGUCUGAGUCAACUAGUCAAAUGGUCCCCAUUUCUGAAUGCAGUUCAGCAAAAUGACUCUUUAAAAAUCAAAAUAAGCCACAAAUGGUGCUAGUGAUGAAAGCUUGCUAAAACAUUUUGUUCUCUUAAGAUUACCUAAAUCCGGCACAACAUUUGGGGGGGGAUGCCAUGCACACUGUCUGUCUAACUGGUGCUUUCAGGUAAUACACGAGCUCUGUUUAGAACAGCAAUUUAUGGGAAGGUACAUUAAUAACUUAUGCAACACUGCAACUACAGCAAUAUUUUGAAAUUAAGUAACU